AUGCCGCCAAAACGGCCGAAACGCUCCGGCUUCUAUUUGUACAUCACCGCCCUGCCCAAAGAUCAACAAUUCACUCUAUGCUCCAACAUUAACAAGUACUACAGUAGACUGGCCCACCUUCUCCAUGGCAAUUACUACCCCACCACGAGUGGGCAUGAGUUCAAGUACGGCGAGAGUGAGGAGAAAGUGCGGCGGAUUAAGAUAUUGGGCGGCUUUGUCGACUGUGACGAGUACAUGUAUCGUAACCACAAUUUGAAGUACUACGAUGUCAUCGUGACACUGUGCAACUUCUUUAAUGAGGUUGACUUGGGUAUGUUUGGGAGGGAAAGGUUAUGGGGAUAUUAUAGUAGAGGCACAGGCUGGGGGGGUAGAGCGUGAGCUAGAGCUAUGAGUAGGGAUAAGGAUAGGGUGUGGUAGGAAAAAAAUAUUUUUUAAAGGCGGGGUAGAUUUUCAAGGGGUGGCAAAUUAAAAAUUUUUUUUUGAGUUUUGGUGGACUAGAAUUGGCUAUGGCACGCAGAAAAAUAAUAUUUUUUUAGAGCGGGGUAAUUUUUUAAGGGGGUGGUAAUUUUUAAAAAAAACUUUCAGUUUUUUUAGCAAUGAAAGGACUGUACUUGCAAGCUAGUAAGCAUUAUUUUUAAUCAGCGGGGUGUUUUUUACAGUAACUUUUAUUUUCAGGGAUAACCAAAGUUGAUCAGAAACGGUUGGAGAAACUGUUGCCAAUGAUGAGUUUGAUAAAAUACACAAAAAUGUCAAUAUCAAGAGCCCGUGAACUGGCCAUAGCAUUGUCAAAGAUGGAUGAGGGGGAAAGCAUCGAAAAUGUGAUGGUUAGUUCAAUUUUUAUCGUUUCCUUCCUCUACCCUACCCUACUUUACCCUACCUUACCUUACUCUGCCCUAUCAUACCCUACCCUAUCCGACCCUACCCUACACUAUCCUACCCUACCCUAUCCGACCCUACCCUACCAUAUCCGACCCUACCCUACCCUACACUAUCCUACCAUACCCUACUCUACCUUACCCUGCUCUACCUUACCCUGCCCUAUAUUACCUUAAUCUUGGCACCUCUUCCUGCUCCCUCUCCUUUAGCAAAAUUACCCCACCCAGCCCUGCCUUUGUUUUUAAACGUCAUUUUAUGUCUAAAAUACCUAGUUGUUUAGUUCACAACAAAAUGCCUGCCCACGGAAAUGCUGGUCGCAAUGACACUGUGCCGUUGCUACAUAAUAUCAAUAAAAUCGGCGGAAAGGUUCGACACGGAAUGGGGUGGUUCAAACUUUAAAAGAAGCACCGGACCUACGGAACAGCAAAAUGGGAUUUAUUUCGAAACGUGAGUUAAAAAUUAUAUACCUUAUCGAAAUUGGCAGUUUUAGUUUAGUAAGGACUACUUAACGAAACCGGAUUUUUAGAGAAGUUUAGGUAACAAAGUGGGAUUUUUUUGAUAUUUUAUGCAAUAAAGUUGCAUUUUUCCGUUACUUUAGGUAACAAAAUUAUAUUUUUAUGAUAUUUUAGGUAACAAAUUGGCCUUUUGAUGUUAGUUUAAGUAACAAAAUGAAAUUUUCUGAUAUUUUAGGUAAUAAAAUGACAUUUUUCUAGAUUUUUAAGUAACAAAAUGGCUUUUUUCUGAUAUUUUAGGUAACAAAGUUGCUUUUUUCUGAUAUUUUAGAUAACAAAAUGGUAUUUCUUUGACAUUUUAGGUAGCAAAAUUGCUCUUUUUUGAUAUUUUAGGUAACAAAAUGACUUCCAAAUGCCCUAAAAUACAAUUUUAUAAUUUUCAAUUUUCGAAGUUUUGAAGUUUUCAGUCCAUUUUUUCAGAAUCCAACGACUACAACAAGAAGAACGAAAGGCCAGAAGGUACUACAAGGAAUUGAAAGAAUUCUUUGAUGAAGAACCUGAAAUCUCGAAUGAAAUUCGAAAUUUGAAUCGAGAAAACAAAAAAUCGGCCGAAAUACAAUGUGGUGUGUUAAAGUCAGAUGUGGAACGACUGGUCGAUAUGGGGAUGAAAGUGAAAGAAGAUCAUAAAGGAAUGGCAGUGGAGUUUAUGAAGCAGGAGGAGAGGUUCGAUGUUGAUAAGGUUGAAGGUAGGUGAAUACUUUUUUGAAUUGUACCCCUACACCCUACCUCCUAACCCUACCCAUUACCCCCUACCCUCUACCCCCUACCCUCUACUUCCUGGCCUUUACCCCCUAUCCCCUACCACUCACCCUCUGCCUCAUUACAUGAUCCUUUCCAGAGCUGAUUCACCUAUGUACUAUCAAUCCAAAAGCACCCUCCGCCUCCACCCACACCAUCCCCACAACACAAUAUGUGGACCGACAGUGCCGCUGGCGAUUUGGAAAAGGACCCACCAGAAGGAUAGAAAAAGUGCCAAAUGUCGAGGUCACAGAACUGUUUGAUUCGUAUUUUAUGCAAAAGUUUAAUACAGUCGAAUUCGCUAGAGAAUCAUCGGCCGGUAGUGAUGAGACCGUACCGGCGAGCGAACCCCAGCCAAAGUGAGUCUUUGUGGUGGAUUUUUUAAAAAUUUUUUGAAUUUUUAAAAAUUAAAAAAAAAUUUUUUUGUUUAAUUCUACCCCUCCGGUCUUUUUCUGUACUUACCUCGCCCUUUAAUAAAGAUGUCUAAUUUUGUGCUAUAGCCAAGUUUAAUCACCCCUCCCCAAAAAAUUGCGAUUUACCACCCCUACCCGUUGUCUACCCUACCUCCCCCCCCUCCUCUCUUUUACAUUUUUUGUAGUUUUUUUAAUUACCCCGCCCUCUACGAAUUUAAGGCUUAUUAAAAUCUUUUCAGAAAAAGAGCACCAGCACGUGUCUACAACAAGAAAGACAAGCUAGCAGCAUUUGUUAACAUGGACGAACCUUCGACAAGUCGAGCCAGCGCUAGGCCAAGGCCUACCAAAACCUCUAAGGUACCAGUUUCUUUUGGAGAAGACGUUCCAGCGCCCUUUGAAGACGAUAACGUUUCACAGAGUUCGGAAGACCUCAACGUGCCGGGACCUUCUAAAACAUCCAACGUCCCAGGACGUUCUGGGAAAGCCAACGUGCAAAGAUCUUCUGAAACCGGCAACGUUCCACGACGUUCUAACAAACGAAGUUUGCAACAGCCCCUUGAAGACCAUAACGUGCCAGGGCUUUCUAGAAGCCUCAACGUUCCACGACCUGGGAAUGCCAAUGUGCCGGGACCUUCUAAAAGCCUCAACGUUCCGCAAUCACCAAAAAAGGAUAACGUUCCACGGUCUCGUAGAAACGAUAAACGACGUUCGAAAAACCGUAGAGCUCCAGGGCCUUCGGAAACAGAAACGGUCUCAUGGUCUUCUGGAAACAUUGGUUCAGAUCAACCAUCUACGUCUACCUUCACAUCAGAAUUCAUUUGUAAACAGGAACUGGAAAUUGACUUUGAUUUACCAACGAAGGCCAGCAAUAUGCCUCCUCUAAAUAUAAAGCAAGAAACACCAAGUACGGUGGAGGAAAGUGAAAAUCAGGAGCAAAGAAAUAACAUGGUGAAUAUAAAAGUUGAAGCUGAAGCUACCAAUGAAUCGACCAGAAGCUGGUCGGGUUAUUUCGCCUUAAAAAAGGAGUUUCAAUGA